AUGUCAAGGACCACUUUUUGGAGCAAAGAAGCUCCAAUCUGUAACCUAGGGAUGAGUAGGGGUAUCCUGGGAGAAUGUGUAUAUGCGGGGGAAAAGUUUAAAGCCGGGCUCCCUUCGUAUGAAAGGUCGCCAGAGUCGCGCUCGGGGCUGGACCGGAAGGGGGCGAGGGUCCCCAGCGUUCCAGCGGCGCUCCUGCGGCGCUCCCGCCGCGCCUCAGCUUGGCGGGCUGUCGGUCCCUCCGCGCCCAGACCGCAGUUCCCUCCUAACCCGAGGGAACCUGUUUUAAAAUUGGGGCAGGGCACCUCUCCUGGAGCCCAGGGAGAGAGCGCCGCUUUGGCGGGGCCCCAAAGGGUGCAGGCGCUGCGCGGCGGGGCCUCAGGGCGAGCGUGGUGUGGGGGGCGGGCUGUGGGAGUGGGGCGCGCCCCGGAGGCCGGAGGCGGACCCGCCGGCUGGCAGGUGGGUGCGGCCGGCGGGAGCCGGGGCGGCGGCGGCGGCGGCAGCAAGUGGUUGGGCCGUGCGCAUUUUCUUCCCGCCCCCUCCGCGUCCGAGCCCGCCCGCGUGCUCUGA